GGAAAUUGUGUGGAAAUUUUAAAAUCUCGAACGGAAAACACGUGCAGCAAACAGACGGUAAGCACGGCGUUGAGCACACAGCACCUUUCUCCGCGUUCUCUGAGAGACUUCCAGUCGAGAGCGAAACCAAAACUUAUGGGGCUAUUUUGAGAGAAAGCGCUCUCUGCUCUCUGCGCCAGGGAAGUUUAGCACCGCAUUUUGCUCAGUUCGCCAAUAAAGACGCUGCAACAUGGACAUGCACAGGCUGAUCUUCGAGGUGCAGCAGCGCCGGGCUCUCUGGGACGCGAGGCAUCCGGACCACGCCAACCGACCGGAGACCCAGCGCCUCUGGAACGCCGUCGCGGAGGCCACCGGAAUGGAUGUUGAGCUUUGCCGAACCAAAUGGAAAAAUCUGCGUUGUAGUUAUCGCCGAAGUAACCGGCGUAGUGGGAUCUUGAAGCAUCAGCAGUCGCCCUCGCCGGGUCACCAGUGGUCAUAUGCGGAGGCCAUGAGCUUCCUGGACGGCCAAAGGGAGGAAUGUGAUAACAGCAACAACGGGGAGGAGGAGAUGGAGAGUGCACUCAAGAUUGAAGCCGAGCAUAUGCCCAUGUUGUCGACCUUUAAGAGCGAGCAAGUCUCAGCUGCGGAUGAAAUGGAGGCGGACAACGAUGCGCUGAUGCGCGAAUUCCAGAACGUGUCCACUCCCCAGGCGUUGCGAAGGCUCUCCGAGAACAUCUCCCUGGCCAGUGCGGCGGCGGAGGAGCAGGUGCCUUCCACUGCCGACCAAUUGAGUCCGAAUUUGAAUCAGGGAAGUGCCAUUGCUGCCGCAGCAGCCAGCAGUUGCCAUUGCGCGAAGAGGGUGGACGAACAGGUCAACUUCCUGGAGAGUCUGGAACGCGAGGAGCAGCAGCUGAUGCAGUCCACCAGCCAGGAUCUGGCCAGGUGCAAGAGUGUCCUCCAUGUGGGCGACUCCGACUACAACUACCUGAUCAGCUUUCUGCCGCUGAUGAAGCAAAUGACGCCCUUCCAGAAUGUCUUCUUCAGGGCCAAGAUGGGGGAGCUACUGCUGCAGACAAUGCAACAGCCGCCGGUGCAGCAGCAACCGCAGCAACAGCAGCAACUGCAACUGCAACUGCAACAGCAACCUGAGCAACGACAGCAGCAGCAGCAGCCCUCGCAAAUGUUGUUGAACCAACAGCAAAUGGCCUUGGAUCAGGCGCAAGUGAGCACAAGCUCCACGAAUUGGAACUGAAUCGAGGAUUGCAGCCGAGCAAAAUAAGAUAUACAAUGCCCCCCUUAAUGUUAAGUGUGCGAACUGGACAAGAGCGCGAGCACCACUGUGCGCAGGUUCAGUGCACAGUGGUUCGAUUUGGCUGAGAUUACUUUUGAAUUUUAUCAUUGCACAUAAUAAAAGCUAUAUAUAAUUUUAAGUCUUC